AUGGCCGGGUAUAGAGCUGAAGAUGAAUAUGACUACCUGUUCAAGUUGGUUCUGAUUGGCGACUCAGGUGUGGGAAAAUCUAAUCUUCUCUCGAGGUUUACUAGGAACGAGUUUAAUCUUGAGUCCAAGUCCACUAUUGGAGUUGAGUUUGCUACAAAGAGUCUGAACAUCGACGGUAAGGUCAUCAAAGCUCAGAUUUGGGACACUGCUGGCCAAGAAAGAUUUUUGCAUGUGCAAACAGUAAUCUGGAUCUCUGAUAAGUUGAGAUAGGUUUCUUACAUUUGGUGGACAAUUUUUUGAUGAACUUGAAACUGAUGAAAAAUCAUGUUGGAGAUCUUGAAAAUUCUCAUUUCUUGCCACCAUCUUGACAGGAAGAUUCAUACAUGCAUUUAAACCCGUAAAUACAAGCAAUCGCUUCUCAUAAAUACACACAAUGAGCUCAAAAUAUUUGGAUGUGUGUAAUUUUUUGGAAUAUACAGUUAUAUGUAGGUAGGUAGGUUGGUAGGUCUGCAUAUCCACCAUAGAAAGAAUAGCUCAUGCCACCUAAUUGGCCAAAAUGGACAAUAAUAUUCUCGACAAGACAAAUACGAAUUACUUGAAGUAGAGUAUCAAAGACACAAUAAGCUGUGUGGCAUCCCGCAGCAGAGUAGCAAUAAACAUUUCCCUUUCGUUUCAGCUGGUUUACUUUUUAAAAAGGAGUUGUGAUCCCAUGUUCACAAAUGCCUAAGGAACUAAUUAUUAAGUUACACGCAAUGAUAACUGACAUGUAGCUUAAAAGUUGCUUAUCAAGAAAAAAAGAUCACAAGUACUUGGGAUAACUAGUUGCCUACUGAUGAGGUAUCUGUGAAAUUUGAAGAUAACACGUGUCCUUUACGACCCACACCAAUAUUGGGGUGUUUUUUUGGUGAAAUUGUUUGUAUGGUUCAAAGUAUCAGUUAAUAUUGAUAUGACUUGAUCAAUGCAUAUUGGUGCCCUCUGAGUUGUUGGCCGAUGUCACGACCUUGAACCAUGAUUGUUUGGGUUGAGGAUUUUCUUGUUAAUUUUAUGGGCUAAAUGAUAAAAAAUGAAUAUUUCUUGUGGUUGGUUCAAACUGUGGAGUUACUCUUUGGUGAAGUAAAGGUAGGGCUGUCAAAUUUUGCUAAUUCAAAGAUUAAGUAGGGCAGUCAUUCUCCACCAUAAUUCUCAUGGAUGGACGACGUUAUGCAUGAGACUCGAUUGAUAAUGGCAUCAUAUUUUCCUUGUGUUUGUGGUGUGAAUAAAGGUGGUUGUUGCUAAAAUUUUGAUUUAAUAUCAUGCUACCUUUGUUCUGAAGAACAUGCGACAAUCAAGAGAGUCCUUUUUUAUCAAUACCUGUAAAUUUUAAGGUGCUAUCAAUCCUAGUAUUUACAACCAUGAAAGGAACACCACAAUUGUUCAUGGCAGUACCUGCUCUGGCAAUAAGCAUUGCUGCUUUGGAGAUGACAACGACCAAUUUUUUGAGCUUCUUUUUCUUGGUGCAUUGUUUGCUGUAUACCCGAUGUAUGCGUAUGCUUAUUGGAUGAUCAGAAAAAUCCUUUUGGGGUUGCAGAGAUGCUGUCAAAAAAUAUCAUUAUGAUGCAAAAUAAACACUGGAAUUUGUCUAAAAUACCUCUUUUUGGGAUUCAAACUUACCUGAGUUUUGCUGUCAUUUAUGGUUGAAAUUCCAAAUGGAAAAUAGGGCAAAAAACAUUUUGCCCUCGUUGUUUUCUUUAGGUAUUUUACUUUGAGGAGCCAUGUCUUUUGUCCUUUAUAGGGGGUUAAUCGAAUUGAGCCUUUUGAGUACUCAGAUUGAAUUUUUGCUUGAGCUUAGCUCCAUUUCUAUAUGAUAUGCUUGGGUUUGGAUUGGCUUGCCUUGUUUUUUCCUUACGAGCUUGAGGUUAUUAUCGGCUCAC